AUGUUUGCUUAUGAUGAAGACAGCUGUGACGGUAAGAAGGAGUGUGAACUAACCCCAGGAGUCCCCUUUCUUAAGGAUCCCUGCGUUGGCACCUACAAAUACCUGGAAACCACCUACGACUGCUUCCCAGCAAUUUACUUUGCUACAUGUGAGGACUCCUUGGCAAACCUCCAGUGUGAUGAAGGAAAGAUUAUAUUUGUCUAUGGUGCUAGUUUCGGACGCCAUGACCAUACCACCUGCUCUUACAAACGGCCCACUUCACAGCUUCAAAGAAUCGACUGCUCUGACCAUUCUUGCAAAGUUGCUAACACAUGCAAUGGAAAAAACAGCUGCACUAUCAGAGCAACCAAUUCUGAGUUUGGAGACCCUUGUUACAGCACUUACAAGUACCUGGAGGUGGCUUACACUUGUGUUAGUAUCUUAAAUGUCUAG